CCCGCCCCGCCCGCCGCCAUUUUGGAGUGACCCGAGCUCCGCUGCGGCCCGAACGGGUCCCGAGCCAGUCCGAGCCGGUCCGAGCGGGUCCCGAGCUGCCGGCCGGCCCGCGCGUGUCCGUGGGCCCCGCGCCCGGCCGGCCCAUGUGCGUGCGGCCCUCCCCGCAGCCCGGGCUUCGCCUCUGCCGGUGCCCUGGCCUCCGCCGGGCCUGCGAGGAGCCGCCGAGCCGACCGGCUGGCCCGCGGGGCAGGUGAAGAGAUUAUAAAUCUUUCACUGAAUGAAAACAACUUCCUUUGAGUUGCAUAUACUCCAAGAAGAAAUUCUAAAUGUUUUUAUAUUUUUCCUGAAUACAAGAUUUAAACAAGGAAUUGCCAUAGAAGCUCUGAGGCAUCACCAUGUUCUGGAAGUUUGACUUGAACACUACGUCCCAUGUCGACAAACUGCUGGAUAAGGAGGAUGUGACACUUCGUGAGUUAAUGGACGAAGAUGACAUCCUACAGGAGUGUAAGGCUCAGAACCGGAAGCUGCUGGACUUCCUGUGCAGGCAGCAGUGUAUGGAGGAGCUGGUGAGCCUCGUCACACGCGACCCGCCCCUGGACAUGGAAGAGAAGGUCCGCUUCAAAUACCCAAACACAGCCUGUGAGCUACUGACAUGCGAUGUGCCACAGAUCAACGACAGACUGGGUGGGGACGAGGCUCUGCUCGGCCUUCUUUAUGACUUUCUGGAUCGUGAACCGCCUCUCAAUCCUCUGCUCGCCAGUUUUUUUAGCAAGACCAUUGGGAAUCUCAUUGCCAGAAAAACAGAACAGGUGAUCAUGUUCCUGAAGAAGAAAGAGCAGUUCAUCAGCCUGGUGUUGAAGCACAUCGGCACCUCAGCCCUCAUGGACCUGCUGCUGCGCCUGGUCAGCUGCGUGGAGCCUGUGGGGCUCCGGCAGGAGGUUCUGCUCUGGCUUAAUGAAGAGAAGAUCAUCCAGAGGCUGGUGGAGCUGAUCCAUCCAAGUCAGGAUGAAGAUAGGCAGUCCAACGCAUCCCAGACUCUCUGUGACAUCGUACGACUGGGCAGAGAGCAGGGCAGCCAGCUACCAGAGGCUCCAGAGCCGGACCCCCUCCUCACAGUACUGGAGUCGCAGGACUGCGUGGAGCAGCUUCUGAAGAACAUGUUUGACGGAGAUCAGACUGAGAGCUGCCUAGUCAGUGGGACUCAGGUGCUGCUGACCUUGUUGGAAACCAGACGGGCUGGGACAGAAGGUCUGGUGGACUCCUUUUCUCAGGGACUGGAGCGGCUGUGCACCGUCAGCGCCAGCAUACUUCAUGGCAUCGAGCCACGGCUGAAGGACUUCCAUCAGCUCCUGCUCAACCCACCAAAGAAAACAGCAAUCCUGACCACCAUCGGUGUGCUGGAGGAGCCCCUGGGGAAUGCCCGUCUGCACGGCGCCCGCCUCAUGGCCGCGCUGCUACACACAAACACACCCAGCAUCAACCAGGAGCUCUGCCGACUCAACACGAUGGGCCUGCUGCUGGACUUGUUUUUUAAGUACACCUGGAAUAACUUUCUGCACUUCCAAGUGGAGUUAUGCAUAGCUGCCAUCCUCUCCCAUGCCGCCCAAGAGGAUAAGGCAGAAGCCAGCGCUCCCAUGAGCGGAGUGGAGCCUCAGCCUGCGAGCGGGGACCCAGAGGCCCCUCAGCCUGCCGCCACCUGUCCUAAGAACACGAUGGUGACCCAUCUGUUCCAACAGUGCUGCCUGGUCCAGAGGAUCCUGGAGGCCUGGGAAGCCAAUGACCACACACAGGCAGCAGGUGGCAUGAGGCGUGGAAACAUGGGCCACCUCACUCGCAUCGCCAACGCGGUGGUCCAGAACCUGGAGAGGGGUCCCAUGCAGACCCACAUCAGCGAGGUCAUUCAAGGGCUCCCUGAGGAUUGCCGCGGGCGCUGGGAGAGCUUUGUGGAGGAGACACUGACUGAGACCAACCGCAGGAACGCGGUAGACCUGGUCAGCACCCACCACCUGCACCCCUCGAGUGAGGAUGAGGACAUGGAGGGCGUUUUCCCUAACGAGCUGUCCCUGCAGCAGGCUUUCUCCGAGUACCAGGUCCAGCAGAUGACCGCCACCUUCGUGGACCAGUUUGGCUUCAAUGACGAGGAGUUUGCUGACCAGGACGACAGUGUCAAUGCCCCAUUCGACAGGAUCGCAGAGAUAAACUUCAACAUCGACGCUGAGGAGGACAGCCCCAAUGCGGCUCUGUUUGAGGCCUGCUGCAGCGACCACAUCCAGCCCUUUGAUGAUGAGGAGGAUGACAUCUGGGAGGACAAGGACACGCACUGCACCACACGGCUGACGGCCAGAGCCAGGUUUGGGGCACCUCACGCCUCUGAGAGCUGCCUGAAGAAUGGCCUGGAUCGCAGCUGUCAGGAACGCAAGGACUCAGCAGCAGGCGGGGAUGUGGCUUUGGCAGGUGCUCCUGGGACACCCUCCCAGGAGGGUCCCCUGAUGGAGAACAGCUCAGAAGGCGUCACAUGGGCAGUGUUUGAUGAGCCAGUGAACUCCAUGGCACCAGCUCCCAGUGUGGCGAUGGACGUGGGUUCCAGUGUGUGGGCAGCCAGCGCCCCCAGCACCCUGGCUCCGGAAGAGAAAGGCUGGGCCAAGUUCACUGACUUUCAGCCUUUCUGCUGCUCCGAGUCGGGACCCAGGUGCAGCUCCCCGGUGGACACGAGUAGGGCUGACACCCAGGGCGGCCCGAACCAGGGCCCGGAGAGACCCCUCAGCCCUGCCUCCCCGUGUGCCUGGAAUGUGUGUGUCAGCAGGAAGGCCCCCCUGGAAGCCUCCAGCAGCGAUGAGGAUGAGCAGAAGGUGGCUGGAGCCUCAGAGGCCAUUAGCAUGGGUCCCAGCCAAGAGGGCCCCCCACUGCCCACAGCAGCCCCCAGGGCAGAGUGCACCACCAGGAGGCCACCAGACCCCACUGGCCCGGCCCCCACAGAAGCCGCCUCCCUCCUGGCCAUGGCCGUCUCCACUGAUGCCACCCUGGCGGCCACUGCAGCACUAAGCAAGGUCAGCCCUGCCCCAGCGACCCCGACCACUUUUCCUGGGCCCACAGCGGCGGUGACCACAACAGCAGCCACAGCCAGUCCGGCUAUUUCCACAGUGGCGACCCUGGGGACCGUGGCAAAGGACAGGAAGCCAGAUGGGCCGGUGUCUGCAGGAGCUGCCUUAAAUGGCCCCGUAUGAUGCUGCUGCCACCCAGCCAUGGCACCCUUAACUGAGAAAACUACCUGGAAGAACCGUGUAUUUGCACUUUGUAUCCAGCCACAGGGAAGGCCAGAGCCAAGGGGCAAAUGUGGGUCCCAGCCACCCCGGGGCCCUGGGAGCUGGGCUUCAGCCGGGCUGCAAAAUUCAACUGCCUUAAAAAGA